GGGAAAGCUCUUUUUGCCUUUGGACAAAUAUUGAUCCUCCCCCUUAUACUUUCUAUAGGGGCUGUAUAGGGUUAAAUCUACAGAGUGAGGUUUGCCUAGAGAGAGCAAAGAAACUCUUCCGGCUGAAGGUUGGAGGAAGUGAUCCCUUUUUAAAAAAAUAUAAUUUUGCAAGCAGCUCCCAUCCUCUGAGAAGGAGCCAUCAAUCCUCUCCAUUCACUUUGCAGGAGAAAUAUAGGAGCAUACCUUUCUCCAAAUACCAAUACCUCAUUGUUCAAAUAACCUGGAAUAAUUUAUUGCAUCACUGGAACAACCCUUGUAGUUCAGGUCUCAGGCCUGAUACUUCCCACAUGCACGAGGCAAAAGAGAGAGGCCCACAGACAGUAAGAAGGUAGGCCAACUUUGUUACAAGGCUACUCUGGGCUGGAAGUGAUAAAAUGGCCGCCGAGCGAGCAACAGCCCCCAAAGAGGUCCUCCAGUUCCAAAAUGCGCAGGAGCAAGGUUUGCCAUUGCAAAUAAAAAUGGACGAGGGCAACAAACAAGGCGGAAGACUGAAAGGGACUCCCAUCAUCCAACCUGGGAAACUGACAAACAUUUUAGGAUGGAUGGGGUCGGAGCAGAAGAAGCAGGAGCCCGAUGAGGAGCUGCCCCAAUGCUGGGACCACCUGAAGCUGGUCCAGUCUCCGCUUUUGGGAUGGGGGAAUCCCCAGCAGCCGGACGAAUUCAUGCUGAGGCAACAAGAAGUCAAGAGACGGGAGCAGCAGGUGCCAGUUCUGUUUGAAGAUAUGGACGUCCAGUCUCCUGAGGCAGAGCAUGCCCUACUGGACAGGCGGCAGCAGCAGCUCCUCAGGGAGGCCCAGGCAGGGCUGGAGAGGGAGGCCAGUUCACUUGUUGUUGGCUCCAUCACGCCCAUACACAACUUCCACAAAAUGAGCCGCCGGGGUACCAACUGGUCACACGGUGAAGUGAUUGACCUCCUGGAUAUUUGGGGGGAGCAAAGGAUCCAGCAAGUCCUUCUGACCAGCCACCGGAACAUGGACACUUUCCAAGUUAUUGCCAACGAGAUGGCCAAGAGGGGGCAUGAGCGGACGCCCCAGGAAUGCCGGACGAAGACCAAAACAUUGCGGCGGGACUACAAGAAAGUCAAGGAGAAUAACAUGGCUGGGAAAGAGCCUAUGACAUGUCCCUUCUACGAUGAGCUGGAUCGUAUUAUGGAGUCAGCUUUACCACCACUUCCUGAGAGGAUGCCAAAUUUCAUGUACCAGGAAGAGCCAGGAGGAGACAAUCCCCUCCCCUAUGCUCCAGGGGAGGGAGGUCCCCACAAAGAGUCUGAGGAUUGUCACCAGACUCAAGACCAAUGCGAUCCCCCUGCACAGUUUUCCACUGAACUUGUCGAUUCAGUGGACUCUGGUGCUGUUGUGUCUAAAGCACAGAACAUCUUUGAGGAACCAGAAGGCACCCCUCAGCUGACCAUUGAAGCUGACCCUGUGCCUAACCCUGUGUCCCCUGCCACCCAGAGUAUCCCUGGCAGCCCUGACACCGUCAGCUCCACUGCAGAUGUCCAUGUGAGUCCUCCUCAGAGUCCUUUGCCUGGGCCUACGGGCCUGUCUGCUGCCGAGCGUCUUGCCAACCUCAGAAGUCGGCAUAAGAAGACCCGGAAUGAUUUGGCCUUGGAUUUGGCAAAAGCUGCCGACCGGCGGAUGCAGUUGGCCACCGAGAAGAUCAUUUUGGCUCUUGAUGAUUAUGCCAAAGCGGAUCAGGAGGACCGCGAGAAACACCGAGUGGGUACUGAGCAGAUUAUUUCCAUCAUGAACCGCCAAACGGAACUUUUAGAGCUCCUUGUACGGCAACAGCCACGCACCCCAGCAGCCGGGCCCUCCUCUUCCCGGCAUGCAUGGUCUCCCCGGGUUGGGCAAGCAAGCCUCCGGCCUGCAGGCUCCUCUUCCUCUCGCUUUGGGAUCUCUCGGCGGCUGCUGAUGGCAAGGGCGCGGAACAGGAGGAGGCCUCAAAACAUCAGCCCUUGAAAGUUGCUUGUGUGUUUGUAGCUUGCGGUUGGGAGAGUUGCGGGUUUUAUUUUCGGUCAUUUUAGAUUAAGGGGAGUCCUUUUUUUUCUUUUUUUCUUUUUAGGAAUAGGAAGAUAACCAAAUCCUAAUUACCUCCACAGACAGUCCAUGCUGAAAACUAUGAAAAGCAUUAUUUCUUGUUUUCCUUUUGUUUUAAAUAAAAUAAAACUAAAAUAAUAA